UAUUUCUCGCCUGGCAGUCGCCGGGGCUGUUGCUGCUGCUGCUGCUGCUGGGCCGCCGCGGCGGGGGCCGCUCGCAAACCUGUGGCGGUGACGUGAGACCCGCCAACCCGGAAGCAGCGGCGGCGGCGGCGGCGGCACCCGAGGCUCCGAGGCUCCGAGGCUCCUGCGCUCCAGCGCCGGCGGCUGCGCUCCCCUCGCCGCUCGCCCGGGCCGCCAGGAGAAGAAACUGAGGCCUGGAGUUUGAGUAAUUCGUUCAAGGUUACCAAGUUGAUAGAGGGACAAGAACAGAAUCACCAGCACUGGCUGAAGGUUUGCUGGCAUGGGUAAUCUCAUUAAGGUGCUAACCAGGGACAUAGACCACAAUGCAGCACAUUUUUUCUUGGACUUUGAAAGUACCUUAACAUGGGGAAUCUUCUUAAAGUUUUGACAUGCACAGACCUUGAGCAGGGGCCAAAUUUUUUCCUUGAUUUUGAAAAUGCCCAGCCUACAGAGUCUGAGAAGGAAAUUUAUAAUCAGGUGAAUGUAGUACUAAAAGAUGCAGAAGGCAUCUUGGAGGACUUGCAGUCAUAUAGAGGAGCUGGCCAUGAAAUACGAGAGGCCAUCCAGCAUCCAGCAGAUGAGAAGUUGCAAGAGAAGGCAUGGGGUGCAGUUGUCCCACUAGUAGGCAAAUUAAAGAAAUUUUAUGAGUUUUCUCAGAGGUUAGAAGCAGCAUUAAGAGGUCUUCUGGGAGCCUUGACAAGUACCCCGUAUUCUCCUACCCAGCAUCUAGAGCGAGAGCAGGCUCUUGCUAAACAGUUUGCAGAAAUUCUUCAUUUUACACUCCGGUUUGAUGAACUCAAGAUGACAAAUCCUGCCAUACAGAAUGAUUUCAGCUAUUAUAGAAGAACAUUGAGUCGUAUGAGGAUUAAUAAUGUUCCAGCAGAAGGAGAAAAUGAAGUAAAUAAUGAAUUGGCAAAUCGAAUGUCUUUGUUUUAUGCUGAGGCAACCCCAAUGCUGAAAACCUUAAGUGAUGCCACAACAAAAUUUGUAUCAGAGAAUAAAAAUUUACCAAUAGAAAAUACCACAGAUUGUCUAAGCACCAUGGCUAGUGUGUGCAGAGUCAUGCUUGAAACACCGGAAUACAGAAGCAGAUUUACAAAUGAAGAAACAGUGUCAUUCUGCUUGAGGGUAAUGGUAGGCGUCAUAAUACUCUAUGACCACGUACAUCCAGUGGGAGCAUUUGCCAAAACUUCAAAAAUUGAUAUGAAAGGUUGUAUCAAAGUUCUUAAGGACCAGCCUCCUAAUAGUGUAGAAGGUCUUCUCAAUGCUCUCAGGUACACAACAAAACAUUUGAAUGAUGAGACUACCUCCAAGCAGAUUAAAUCCAUGCUGCAAUAACAGCUCUGGAAUAAGCACCUGCUGUAGACAGAAGACAGUAUUCUGCAGUGACUGAGAAUGCACAGUUUUUAGUGAUUGCAAUUACUAUCUCAUUUACUCUUGCUUUUUAUUUCUUUCCUCUGUUCCUCUCCCUCUUUUUUAAUCAUAUUCUUGUUCUUAAGACUUCUUUUCUGUGCCAAAAUCAGUAAAGUUAUACUCUGAAGGGAUGUUGUCCUUUCAAACAGGCCAUCUAAGGCAGCUAAUUAUGCAUUGCAUUGGGGUCUCUACUGAGAAAAAUUCUGUGACUUGAACUAAAUAUUUUUAAAUGUGGAUUUUUUUUGAAAACUAAUAUUUAAUAUUGCUUCUCCUGCAUGGCAAAACUGCCUAUUCUGCUAUUUAAAAACCCUCAAUGACUUUAUUUUCUACUGCCGCUUUUUUCAUGUGCAGCCAAAAUGAAAAUGUUUAAAUUAACUGUGUUGUACAAAUGGUACCCAACACAAACUUUUUUUAAAUUAGUAAGACUUUUGUUUAAAGUUUUAAGUUUGCAUUUUGACUUUUUUUGUAAGGAUGUAUGUUGUGUGUUUAACCUUUAUUAACUAAUGUUAAAAACUGUGAUGUGUGCGUAGAAUAUUACGUAUGCAUGUUCAUGUUUAAAGAAUGGCUGUUGAUAAAAUAAAAAUCAGCUUUCAUUUUUCUAA